AUGGCGCAAAUGCAGAUAAAAAACAAGCAGGGAAAGACUAAGACAUAUUUUGAUGAUGAUAUUGCACUUAUGAAGAAAGUGCUCCCCAAAGGUAACAGUUGUCCAAAAAAUUUCGACCAGGUAACAAGGAUGUUGGCUGGCCUCUAUCUUGAUCACCAAAAGAUAGACGCUUGCAUUAAUAACUGCAUCUUGUAUUACAAAGACAACAAGGAUGAAGUUGAGUGCCCACACUGCUACCAGCCAAGGUAUGAAGCUUCCACUUCAUCUAACCAGAAAAAGCCCAUUCCUAGGAAGGUUCUUCGUUACUUCUCGUUUUGUCCUCGUCAGCAACGUAUGUACAUGUCUUCACAUACGGCCAAGCAUAUGAGAUGGCACCAGGCAAGGCACCAGGGAGAGGAGAGGAUAGAUCUGGAUAAUCUCACACACCCCGCAGACGGGGAGGCUUGGCAGCACUUUGACCGUUCUUUUCCCGAAUUUGCUGGAGACUGUCGAAAUGUCAGACUCGGACUUGCAACAGACGGAUUCAAUCCUAUAGGAAACAUGAAUUUGUCUUACAGCAUUUGGCUUGUGACAGAAUUUCCGUACAAUCUACCUCCCAACAUGUGUAUGAGGAAGGAGUACAAUUUUCUUACGCUUAUGGUUCCAGGGCCGUGUUCUCCAAGAAAGUGCUUGGAUGUGUACAUGAGACCAUUAAUUGACGAGCUAUAG